UACUAUUUCUAUGAAUAUGGCUUUGAUGAGAUAAGGCGAAGACCAAGACAUGUUUGUCCUUACGCUGUGGUUUCGUUUACUUACAAAGAUGAAAUGGUUCAAGUACCGAAAUUCUUCCCUCCGUCAAGAUCCAACAACUUCCACACAGACAGAAGUACAGAUAAAUCUAACUACACAUUAUGGAGGGGACAGCUUUGGAAUAAAGGCAAACUUCUGUGCCAUGUUUCCUUGAAAUCAGCAGCACGUCCUUUCCUUCCGUGCAAGCUUCCAGAGAAGCUUGAGGUUGAAAAUGUUGUAAGCAUUGAUCAAUUGAAGAAAAAAGUUUCACCAGCAUUGUUCUAUAAAGAAACUUACCUAGGAGCAAAAGAAGUGUUGAAGAAUGGCAUGUACUGUAGCCUUUAUGAAGUUGUGGAGAAGUCCCGUUCUGGUAGUCACUUGGAGGGUUUACUUCAAAAACUAGAGAGAGAGAAACUUGUUCUUGUGAAACCACUUCUGGACAGAGGAUUUCUUUUUCUUCUUUCUCCUUGGCAAAUGAUGUCCCCUUAUGACCACCAAACGGGACGGUCCCGCAUGCUCCAUGCAUUGUUUCUGUUUCCAGAACCUAGAGGUAUAAUGAGCUCAACACAAAAAAGUGUUCCAUUUGGAACACAGAAAAAUUCAACUACCGUGGUGUUGCACGAAAAUCGGGAAAUCAUUCCAGAAUUCACAAAGUUUAUUCAGUCUCUACAUUUUGCUUUAAUCCAGUCUCGUAAAGACACUACUGCAGAUUUCAGUGCUGUUGUGGAAAAGUAUAUAAAUGAGUAUUUGAAAAGAUGCUUUAGUGGCUCUGGAAAAUAUAGAGAAUUUGUAUUAUAUCGGUAUGAAUCACGGUUGGAUGACAAAAAAUUUCUUUACCCUGCUCCAAAAAAUAAAUCUCAUAUUGACAGCUCCUUGCAAAACUAUAUUUUUGGUUGUGAGGCAUAUCAACUACCUGUUUCUAGAGCUAAGGAACUGAUGGAGGGAAAUCGGAAACCUCAACAGUUCAGUCCCAUCUCAGAUUAUGAAGCCACAGGAGACGACUCUGAUUUUGCAAAUGCAAAAAGCGGGAAAAGAAUCCGUGCAAAAUACGAAGCCACCGCUGCCAAGCGCAAACCGCCUCAUUCUGGAGAUUACGAUCCCGAUAGACUCAAAGAACUUAUUAACUUAAUCCAGUGCAGGAAAAAGAACGUAGGUGGAGAUUCUGAUUCCGAAGACCUUAGAAUGAAAAGUGGUCUGAAAAGGAAGCUGGAAAAGCACUCUGAAAAUUUGCGGAAAUACCUAAAAACGAGUGAAUCUUCAGAGAAUAGUUGUCAGUAUGAAGGGGGCAGAACCUUGGAUUCGCCACACACUGUUUUCUCGGUUAAUACUGGUCUUGGUGGACAGGACACUGACUUGAGGCAGCAAGAUGUAUCCAACCCUGCUGUUACUGACACUCAUGGCCUCAUUAAACUACUUCUAGAAACACUAGCUAGUGCAGGACGCUUGGAUUCAUCGUUGGCACGGUCUGUAAAUCAAGCUUUAGGAUUAAGCACUGAUGAAAUUGAAGAGGAUAUGAGACAAAAAUAUGAAUAUGAAUCCAUUCCAGCACAGGACAAAGAUGAUGGUGAGCUUCCUAAUGCUGCUCAGGCUGAAAAUGUGAACUUUAAGGACCCACAAAGCCCAGUGAUACUGGAAACUGAGGUGGCGUGUUUACCCUACCCUGUUGAUGUUGAUCUGCGGCUUUCAGCUAAUGAAGCAGGCCCUGAACACGUGCUACAUAUACAAGAAGCAAGCACUGGAAGUGUAAGUAGUUUUGAAGACUACAGUCUCUGUCCUAGUACACCUACAGAACAAGUUUAUCGCAGGCAACAUUCCAACCCUAAUAAUACGGGAGAAGUUGGAAUGCACUGGAAGCUUAUUCCUAUUACAGGUCUGAAAUCACCAGAGGAGCCGCUGGUGAAUUUACCGCCAAAGGAUGCACUUCCUAAUGACCCCCGGGUAAUAAAUAGACAGAGAAGUUCUGAUUAUCAGUUUCCAUACUCUCCAUUUUCAGACACACAAAAGGGGACAGCAGAAGAUGGACUUUAUACAAGACAAGUGGAGAAACUUGAAGAUCAGUGUGGGCUGGCAGAUCAGCCUUUUACAACUAAGCAUUCCAUUAGUGCAAUAAUAGAGACUACACUACUAGAAGAAUAUAAUCUCUUUGCAAGAAAGAUUCAGGAAAUUUUGCAGCAAAAGAAUAUUGCUUACGUUAGUGGUAUGUCCACAUCAGUCUUCUCUGCCCCAGAGAGGAUAAUGAGACUUUCUGAAUACAUAUGUUUACAGGCAUCGGAGAUUUCUGUCCAGGAAUACAUAAAGACACUGAGUGAAAAGUUGAAUAGUGUCAUUUUGUCCUCUUCGUGUGUGAAGCACACUCCACCAAUUCAUUCUAGUCCUGAAUUGGCAGAAGCGGUCGGUAGCGCUGCGCUGAACCCUGCGCCCGACGCGUUACCUGUCUGCAGGGACUCUGACGCCGCGCUGUUAUCAGAGCCACUGUGUAAUAACGCGGUGGAAGAUCUGGAUUCUAAUGAGCAGCACUCAUCAGGCUUACCCUUAGUGAAGGAGGAAGCAGAUCAUGUGUUAAAUGUUCCAGCAGAGGACGCGUUGACAGCUGAUCAGACCUCUUCCAGCGGUGAUCUGAUGGAGCCAGCAGAAAAGACACAGAAAUCCCCGGAGAACGUAAACAUUUCUAUCCAACCAGCCUUUUCUGAUUUCAUAAGCCAGUUAAAACCUGAAGUAUUUAACAGCUUGGUUGAAAUUAUUAAAGAUGUACAGAAAAACACUGUGAAAUUUUAUAUUCAUGAAGAAGAGGAAAGCAUUCUCUGCAAAGAAAUCAAGGAGUACCUCACAAAGCUCGGUAACACAGAGUGCCAUCCAGAACAGUUCCUGAAAAGAAGAGCCGCUUUAGACAAACUGUUGAUCAUCAUCCAGAAUGAAGACAUUGCCAACCUCAUCCAUAAGAUACCUGGCUUAGUAACUUUGAAGAGGUUUUCUUGCGUCAGCUUUGCGGGUGUCGAUAGUUUGGAUGAUGUGAAAAAUCACACGUACAACGAAUUGUUUGUGUCUGGUGGUUUUGUUGUGUCAGAUGAAUCUGUCCUUAAUCCAGAGUCUAUCACUAUAGAUAAACUAAAAGAGUUCUUAAAGUUUCUGGAGGAUCUCAAUACCCCAGAUGGGAAAUGGCAGUGGAAAAUCCACUGCAAAAUACAAAAAAAACUUAAAGAGCUGGGGAGAAUGAAUGCUAAUGCCCUGAGUCUGCUGACCCUUCUGAACACCUAUCAGAAGAAGCACUUGGUUGAGAUUCUGUCUUACCAUAACUGCGAUUCUCAAACUCGGAAUGCUCCAGAGUUAGACUGUCUCAUUAGGCUUCAGGCUCAAAACAUACAGCAGAGACACGUUGUCUUCUUAACAGAAAAGAGUCUGAAAACACUUUCAAAUUACAUUGAUAAUGGAAUAGUGGUUGCUACUGUUGAUGACUUCAUGCAGAAUUUUAAGUGUCUUGUUGGAUAUCACAACUCGGUCACUGAAAACAGCCUCCCUCCCUUGGAUGCUCACGAAAGACAAUCAGUUCUUGUAGAAAAUGAGGAAAAGGAUGAGGAGGACAUGUCUCUGGAUUCAGGGGAUGAAACUUCACAAAUAGAAAUCUGCAAUGAUGCCUCUAAGUAUGAGAGUCACUUGGAAGCUUUGCAGACAGAGACCAAGGGCUCACAUGGAGCAAAAGCAAGCUGCUUCUCAGUUCGUGAGUUAUCUCCUGAAGCACCAAUUGGCUUGAUGGAAAAGACUUCUAAAAUUGACUUGGAAGAGAUACAGCCAAUUACUCCAGUUUCUACAACGUGUUCUGCUGAAGGAGAGAACCACAAUUUGGCUGAACAAACUCCUUUCAGUAACUUCCAAGUUUAUAGUAGACAAUUAAACAUGUCCCAUCAGUUCAGUCACUUUAAUGUGCUCACUCAUCAGACUUUUCUGGGAACACCAUACCCCAUUUCUUCUGCAAACCAGAACCAAGAAGGGGGCAGUUAUUUUCUGUCUGCUUACAGCCAGGGCAUGGAUACAGAAAAGUUGUCAUCAUCUCCUGGUGGCUGGGAUGUAAAUUGUGAUUCUUCCAGGCCAUAUUCGAAACAGAAAUAA